AGCCACGGGGUGCACGCAGGCACAAUCCACGGUUUGAUUCCCAGCGUGGAAAGUUACCCCCACAGGUGUCUCGGCACAUUUUUGGUGAAGUGCAAUACUUUUCUUUUUUUUUUCUUCUUCCCUCAAACCCGCAAACUAAACAGGUCGUGCACUUUCUUCGCCUCCUGUAAAUGACAUGGCACACCGAGCAGAGUCGCUCACUUUCAAACGGAGGGCAGCCGCAGCUCCAGCAGAGGAUCGAUUGCGUGCCAAGUAGUGCGCUUUUUCGGGGAGUGAUCCUGCGGUUCUGCCCGAGCGAGAGGACCAAACACGCGGGGGAAGACAUGGAGCGGCUCCGGUGCGUGAGGCUCGCAGCACUUUUGUGCACAGUGGUAGACAGCAAGGUGAUCCUAGAGGGCCUGCAGAGGUACACCCCGAUGCCAAUCUAUCUGCCUGUCAGCUACCGGAUCCUUAAUGCUGAGUCAGCUUUCUUCCUACAGGAGGCAAACCAGGAUUUAAUGAGGAAUUCUAGCCUGCAGGCCCGCACAGAGUCCUUCUUCAUCCAGCAGGCUCGCCACAUGCCCUAUGUCAAUGCUAGCUAUGGGCCGCUAUCUGUCCAACAGCCCGUCCCGCUAGAGAUGCUACAAACACAGCCCGGGCCGUUCAACCAGCAUACUUUCAUUUCACCAUCAGAGCCAACGUCAGCGUCACUUUUGCCGCUCUUUACGUUUAACUGGAAAAUUCACACCUACAUCAUCAAUGAGAGGAUUCAUCCCAGCUGGCCUAAGGUCCAAGUGUUAUUCUAUGUCGCAGGGAGGGACUGGGAUGACUACAGCGCCAUCCAAAAGCUGCCUUGCAUCAGAAUGUUCGCCUUCCAUGAGACCCAAGAGGUGCGGGGUACAUGUAGGCUGAAAGGGGAACUAGGGAUUUGUGUCGCGGAGCUGGAACCCCUUGCAAGCUGGUUCAGCCCACCAACUGUUAGGCCAGGUCGGCAGAGAGUGUCGGAGCAGGCCGAGGGCACACCUGUGGAGCUCUAUUACACGCUUCAAACCACCAACAGCGGUGACUGCAGCGCCGAGGACUCAAGGAAAGGCAGUACGAUGCGCACAGAGCAGCACGGUCCGAUGGGAUACUCUGCCGGGCACACGGCGAUGCAACGCAUUGGCAGCGUCAGGCUCUUUCAGCCGCUAUCGGAGCUGAAGCUUGACAGUAACUUUCUGGUCAUGGUGCCCUCCAAACCCAUCCGUCAGAGAGAAACCGUCUCUGCUUUUCUGGCUCUGUCGACACUUUCCUCCGUGCAGAUCUUCACCCUCAGGGUGAAGCUGAAGGACGGAGUGGCGUUCUUGGGGGCCAGAGCCAGUAACCCUGUGGUGUGGACGGUGAGUCAGGAUGUCAGAAGUGAAGGUCACAGAGUCGUCACUCUGCACUGUCGAAGGAAGGAGAGCAGCUUCGGUCAAAGAGAGGAGGCGAUGGGCUACCAGAGAGUGUUGCAGGUGGAUCUGGAGGUGAACGGACUGAUGGCGCCUGAAGGUGGCAGAGAGGUGACUUGGCAGGUGGAGUAUCCGCUCACCCGCACCCAGACCAGUGAGGUGCAGACCCUCAUCCGCCUGGCACCACAGGACCUUGGCGGCAUCGUGCCACUAGCAAUGGACACAGAGAUCCUUAAUACAGCCGUCCUCACUGGACGUACAGUCGCUGUGCCUGUAAAGGUCGUCACUGUGGGAACAGACGGUACGGUCUCUGAUGUGACCGAGUCGGUGGAAUGCAGGUCAACAGAUGAACUAGUUAUUAAGGUGUCGGAGAGAUGUGACUAUGUGUAUGUGAACGGAAAAGAGACGAGAGGAAAGCGCAGCGUGAUGCUGAACUUCACUUACAGCUUCCUGAGUGCACAGCUGGAGAUGAGUGUAUGGAUGCCACGCCUCCCGUUGUUCAUCGACAUGGCCGACCCUGAACUCAGUCAAAUCAGGGGCUGGAGGGUCCCCAUUAUGAAGGGAAAAAAGAGGUAUGACGACAAGGAGGAUGACACCACUGGCGAGGAGAGGACCGAUAACACAUGCGUACCUCAGUACCAAAGCACUACUUUGCAAGUCCUCACACAUUUUGUGUCCGAAACUGACGAGGUCAGAGGCGCUGUCGAGGAAGACAACGAAGAUCAGCAGAACUUUCUGCUGGGCAGCGACUGGCAGGUGGACGUGACACAACUGGUCAAGGACUUCCUGCGGGUGGAGGACACAAAGAUUGCCCAAUUAUGGGAGGGACAAGUCAUAAUUGGGCUGAGCGCUGGAACGACCAAAAUACAGGUGCUGUCUCCCCUGACAUCAUUGGUCCUGGCUGAGAGGAGUAUCAGGGUCCUGGAUGAUAAAGUGAGUGUGACAGAGCUGGGGUUGCAAUUGGUAUCUGGACUGUCGCUGUCCUUGCACCUUAGCCCUGGCAGCAACAGAGCCAUAGUCGCCACUGCCACCACACAGGAAGUCAUCGAAGCUCCCCAGCAGGAGUCUUUCAUCAGUGCCUGGCUGCAGUUCAGCGAUGGCUCCAUGACACCACUGGAGAACUACAACCCUGCCCAUUUCACACUAACUGCCACCUCCUUAGACGAGCGGGUGGUGGUUGUGCAGCGAAAUACAGCCUGGAGGUGGCCCGUUAUCGUGGCUAAAGGUGAAGGUCAAGGUUUGCUUGUGCGUGUUGAAAUGUCCGAGGUGUGCCAGAAAGGGAAACGUCGUAUCAGUUUAGCUACUGGGAUGGCCAACGUACAAGUGAGGUUUGGUGGAGCAGAGGAUCACUAUAAACAUUCAGGAGAGCGGCGAACGCGGCCAGAUCCACCCUACUACGGCGGGUCUACCGCUGAUGUGGAAACUGGGCUAAUAAACCGUGGAGCCACUACCAUCAGGGGGCAUGUCCCCGGGAGGCCAAAUGGAGGCCGUCUCUCUGCAGAUACUGGGCGUAAGAACCCAGGUCAAUUUUCAGACUAUCCAGACCAGGCUGAGCAUCCUCGAAGUCGCAGCACUGAUGACGAUCUGCCGGCCCGAAGGGCUAUGACCGACCUUGAGAUUGGUAUGUACGCGCUCUUGGGAGUCUUCUGCCUGGCCAUUUUGGUAUUCCUCAUUAACUGCAUAUCUUACACAUAUAAGUACCGGAGCAAGCACCUGUCCCUAGAGGCCCCAGAAACCAUGCCCCAUUCUCAUGACUGGGUUUGGCUAGGCCAAGAGGAAGGGCUCUGCCUGCAGCAACAGCAGCUGGACGAGCUGGGCGGCACCCCCGAGGAAGGGAGCCAAUUGUUAAACGGAGUGGCCCAGCACGGGACAAUCGGCACGGGAGGAUGCCGGGAUCACAGGAAUGAGUCACUUAACUCCCCAACCACCAAGCGAAAGAGGGUGAAGUUCACCACCUUUUCCAACGUCAAAUCCAGUAAUGGAUGUCCUGUGCUCAGCCCGUUAGCGUUGGUGCAAACCAGCGAGAUAAAGUGGGUUUGUCCGGACAUUGAGCUCGGGGAUUCUAAGGAUCUUAGGAACUACAUGGACAAGUUGAAUGAGAAAGCUAAUAAGAACAUUGCUUAGGGGCUUCAGUGAACUUAAGUGAAACUCACCUGACUGCCUUCAGAAUGUGAAUGGAGAAUAAAAAAAAACGAAAUAAGUGAUGCAGAAAUAAAGUUUGCUCUUGUUUUACAAGCACCUGGCUUGUACUUUGGAGCUGCUGCUGACCCGUGACGGCACCAAAAAAGGACAACCAACUGGACGUGAGAAGAAUUUGCCACAGCAUCACAACAUUGUUACAAAAGAGAUAAAAAACUUGAUAUUGUUGCUUACCUUAAAUGUUUGUUCUUUGUAUUCGAUUUCCAUAUUCUGUGAGUCCGGUAAUUUGGUUCUGUUUUUAUAUUUUAAUGUUGUAUUGUUUGUGCUCUGCUUGCUUUUGCAGAGUUGCUGUAUGCCCUGUACGCAAAUCAACAGUUACAUAUUAUUGAAUACGUUUUCUACCUAUAUACAUGCAGAGUUUAAUUUAAAGGUAUGUACAGUAACAUUUUGUAUAAAGCCAUUUUCUUUGGGUGUUUUUUUUUUUUGCUUUCACUCCAGCAACCAGAUCAAUCCAUGAUGUUAAGGAGCAUGGUUUAGGAUCUGGUACCUGGAAUAAAGGGGUGUAGUUAACUAAUACUCCUGAUGACAUGUCAAGUUAGUAUUGUUGCAGUCACACUUUGUAAAAGGAAGUUUUGGGUUGGCUUCUCUAUGUUGAUACUGAUAUUGGUCUUCUUCGCCCCUUUUUGUGCACUUAUCUAUUAUAUUAAUUAUGUCCCCUUCUUGAUUCCCUUAAUUGAAGUCAGCCCAUUUACUAUUUUUUGUUUUACCAUUUUGUUUUUUUUAUUUAUUUGGGCCUUUUUACCCAGAGGGUUCGCCCCAAAUUGCAUGUUUUGUUUGGCUUAGUUUUUAUGCUGGAUGCAUUUCCUAACACAACCCUCCCGUUUACCCGGGCUUGGGACCGGCACUGGACAUCUCCAAUAGCUAGGGGGCCAAACCUGCAUCAUCUGCAAGGUGUACCAUUACACCACCAAAGCCUCAUUUAGUCAUCUUAAUAAAAUAUAUACAUACUUAAAAAUAUUGAUAAAGAGCAUCAUAGACAAUCUCUUAUUAAUAAGAAUUCAGCCCACUUCGUCAUCUGUAUGGCCCAAAUUACACACUUAAAGAACUGUA